GCCUAUCACGCUAGUAAAUGAGGGUGGGCGUUUGUGUAUCAAUGGAUUCUGGCAACGCAGCCUUUUUUAGCUGAAUCGGUAAAAAUGAAAAAUGGUCCUCGAAAAUUGCUACUUGUAAAUGUUAAUUGCCGUGAUAAAAUCAAAAUACUAUCAUUUCAUUUUUUUUUAUUUUAGAUAAUUUAUUUAUUAGUUUAAUUUUUGGAACGGUUGAGAAAUGUGUCUGUUGCUCGGAGCCACUGGUGUAGGAAAGACGCUACUGCUAAAAAGACUGCAAAGAAUCAAUCUAAAGGACAAUCACGCAGAGCUUGGGGAGCCACCAGCCACCUUACCUACAGUAGGUACCAAUCUGACAGAUAUCAUAGUCCACAAGAAGAGGAUAACUGUGCGAGAGCUGGGAGGCUGUAUGGGGCCAAUAUGGCCCAGUUACUAUGGAGACUGCUCUUCUGUUAUUUUCAUGGUAGAUGCUGCCAACACAACCCAGGUCUCCUCCUCAUGCAUUCAGCUUCUCUCUGUCCUCUCGGCAGAAGCAUUGGAAACCACCUCCGUCUUAAUACUCUUCAAUAAAGUUGACAUUCCGUGCCCCAUGUCCCUUGUGGAAAUGAAGUCCUUGUUCAGACUCGAUGACAUCAUCUCCUGCGCUAGGCAGCCAAUCACAGUGCUGGGAAUAAGUGCACGCAGUGGUCAGGGCCUUCAGGACGUCCUGAAGUGGCUGCACUCCAUACAGAAGGAAUAACCUGAACUACAAAUUGACUAUUAUAAUGCAUUGAAACGGCUGCUACUGCAUGUAGACCAGCAACAGCAAUUGAAGACAUGGAAAAGACUGCACUGACUGCCCUAGCUUCCAAAGAGCCCAGAUCAGAACAAUAAAGAACAGUGGUUUCCAUCCUUUACCAAGACGGGACCAAUACCUGCUUGGGAUCAAGUGCUAUAGCUCUGUGAUUGGUCUACCGGAAUUCUUCUUACCCGGGUGUUUAAAUGAUUCUGGUUGGGGUCUAUCCACCGGUUGUAUCCAAAUUAACCCAAAGUUAUGAGACAAACAAAAGCCCAAGUUUGCACACUCCUCCUCCCAUAAAUCCUUCAAUACUUGUAACUGUAAUUUAAAGGUGUCUUUCGGUUAAGUUUGUCCAUUUAUGAUAAAAGUAUUAUUUCUAAAAUGUAA